AUGGAGCAGGUUCACACCAUCAGCCUCGAGACGGGCCUAGAGAUUCAGGUCUAUUUGAUUGAUGCUAAUCACGUGCCCGGAUCGGUGAUGUUCCUCUUUUCCGGAUAUUUCGGCAGCGUGUUGUACACUGGCGACUUUCGGUUGCAUUCGCAGCACGCUGAGAUCUGCACCCUUCAGAUGUUGAGAGACAAAGAGCUCUCCAGGAUCUAUCUGGAUAACACCUACUGCGACCCGCGCUUUUGCCAACCACCUCGUGUGGAUGUGACGAAGGCCAUUCUUCGAAGGCUCAAGAAGAAGUGGCCCUGCAUCGUCUUCAUCUCCAGUUACAAGCUCGGCAAGGAAGAGCUGUUGCUUCAGCUCUGCCGGCGUCUCCGCACGAAGCUCAUCGUCUCAGAGGAGCGCUGCCGCAGCCUGGUGGCCUCCGAAGCCUUCGGCGACGGCGCGGAGAUGGAGCGACUGGUGCAGCGCCACAACGCCGAGCCAUCGAAGUGGCCGGAGGAGUUGUUGUACCGAGAAAGCUUGACAGGUUGCAUUUGGUUGGUCUCGAGAGCGAAUCUCCGAAAGGCCAUGUUGCGCGCCAGCGACUCGGGCGCCGCGGCGCAUGGGGUGCAGGCGACUGGCUGGGCGGAACAGAUGCGAAAGGACCUGCGGCCCAGCUUUGAAGACGAUGAGCAUUGUUUGGUCAGUGAUGAUGGCAUUUGCAGCUUCUCUUAUUCAGAUCACUCGUCCUACUUGGAACUGGUCCAGUUUCUGCAGUUCCUUCCAGCCGUGCCGGUCACCUUUCUGACCCCUCUGAGACAUGUGGAGAGCGAGUUCAGCUAUGAUGGCAACGCGGGUAUGUUUCAACUUUUGGAGGACACCGGGGUGCCUUCCAUCCGGCACUAUGACCAGGGCGGCAAGAGGGAUCACUAUCGAAAAAAUGGCUCGAGGAAUAGCCUGGCGCCUAAACGUGGGCAUCCGGAGAAGGAUGGGUUGGAGGGAUCUGGCGCGGAAAAUGGAGGUGCUGCCAUUGCAUUGUCCUUGGCUGUCACGGUCAUCAGCCCAUGGCCGUGGAACUACCUGGGAAGGAGGACUCCACUAUCUCAACUGAGAGCUGUUUCGCGCCAGCAGCCCUUCCAGACUUUGACGCGACCGGUUUUCGAUGGCCUUGAAGAUUUAGAGGAAGAGGAGGAAGAAGAGCUGGAAGAUCGGAGUACAGUGCCAAAGGAGCGCUCGAUGGUGUCUCGUCCCAUUGGGACCGGCCUUCAGAUCUUGGAGGACUUGUACAGCAAACACAGGGGAUCAAAGGAUCCUCCUGAGAUUGAUGACAAGGAGUUGGAAGAUCUCCAUGCCAUGUUGAAAGAAGAGCUGCCCAGGUGUCCAUCCAUUUCUUCAAUGGCCUUUGCUGCCAAAGUGCUGGAAGACCUGGAACUCGAGGAUGAUGAUGUUUUCGAAGUGAUUGCCACCGAAGUGAAAGCCCGUGCGGAUGAAUUGGAGCCCCAGGAAACUUUGGACAUCGUCCUAAGUUUUGGUGCCAUCUACUUCAAUGAUGAUGAGUUGCUUGCAGCGUUGGUGGGAGCCAUCCGUCGUCAGCUGCAAUUCUUCACCAAUGCCGAGAUCGUGCGCUUGGCAAAUGCCAUGUCACGCCUUGGUGGUUUGGACGACUCCAAACACGUAGGAAUGUUCUUUGAAAUGCGAUCGCGGGUGAAUAUGCCCUUGAUCGACAAAGCUAUUAGGAAUCUAGCAGUAGCUGAGAUUUCAUGCAACUUCAAUGGUGAAAUCAUCAUCAUCGGAUCGCCAUGGCUCUUCGGCCUGACUAGUGGAGUUCAUGCAGGCUGCUUGAACCCGGUGGUGCUGCCAAUGAAUCCCUACGCGUUCAGAUCUCGGAACAGCGGCGGUGGCAGUUGGGGACCUGCAAUGUUGGUGAAACCUCUUGCGGAUAUGAUCAUGCAUCAUGCGGCCCACGGGCCCAAGAUCCAGGAUAGCGAUUUGCUUGGCCUGGAUGAAGAAGCUGCGCAGCGCUUGAGGGCCCUCCAGGUCUUGCAGAGUGCGUUGGGCCAAGGAAGAGGUCUAGAGGUGCCUGAGCUCCCCAAGAUCCCCACCCCAGCAGCCCCAGCAGCCCCAGCAGCCCCAGUGCGGCCAGUGCGGCCCAGCAAUAGCGAAAGGGAUAUGGUGGACACGGUGGCUGGCAUGGCAGUGCAUGAGCUGGUGAUCCCGCUCCCUGGGAACAGGUCUCUGAGAUUGUUGGAAGCUGCGGACAGCAAUGAAGCCACGGUGGCCUUUCGCGCGCUGGGGCACCAGGACCCCUUUGGGUCCAAGGCCUGGCCUUCCGCGUACCUUGUGGCAGAGAGGCUCCUUAGUGAGGAGGUCUUCGGACACCCCAACGAGAGCUCUGCGUCGGUUUUAGAGCUGGGAUGUGGCACUGGUUUGGUCUCCUUGGCCGCCCUCAUAGGCGGGGCCACCAAAGUGUUGGCCACGGAUCAAGCAAAGGUGAACCUUGACCUGGCCCAGAGAUCAGCACGGCUCAACGGCCUGCACUUGGACGUGGAGGUAUUCGACGUGACGUCCGAAGAACCUUUGCCGCGUUGCCAUGGCUCCACGCCCUUCGAUUACGUGGUCUUUUCUGAUGUCCUUUACUGGCCUGCGGAGGCCGCUGCCUUUGCUUCCCGGGCAGCUGAGGCUUAUUGCCAAGGGUCUACAGUGAUCAUGGCGGACCCGGGUCGUCGGCGAGACGACUUCAUAGGCGCAUUGCACAAGGAGUUGGAGAAGCGAGUUAUGAUUCCCUUGGGCUCGGCGGGGCUCAGAGUUGCUCCCGAAGCGACCAAGUUCCCCCAUCAUGUCUUUGAGUGGGUCUCCAGCGAGGUGAAGACAGCCUCUUCGCUCUUCUGCCAGGAGCCCUUUCUUUUGACCCUAAGACCGAAUCCACCCUUUUUCAAAGUUCCUGCUGUUUUUGAGAUUGUGGACUAG